CAGUUGUGAAGUUUAAACUGAACACCCUAUAAAAAUGGACCCAAUUUGAGAAGAAAAAUAAAAAGUAAGUUGAAACAUUGUAGAAGCUAUCAAAAUUAAGGUAGGCAAAAGCACAUUUAAUGUGAGCUCUACCACCAUGGAACAGCGACGGGAUGAGCCUGAAUCUGAGUCCGAGUUCAAUUUAAGGGAAUGGGGCGUGAAAGCUAGAAUGGUCAGCCGCGAAAACACGAGCUCCAGAAGGUUUUCAGCUUCGAACAUUAGAAGUUUCAGAGAGUCUUUCAGAUCAAACAUAACCAAUAUAUCUAGCACUGCUUCUUCUCCUGGCUACACCUUUAGAGAGAUCGACCCGUCAACAUACUCAUUCACAACUGCUCUUAAAGCAUUGCAGGCGAGAUCAGGGAAUAGCUGGGAGUGGUUAACAUUAUCAUCACCGGAUGGGUUGGCUUUGAAUUCAAAGUGGAAUGAAGCAGAGAAAUAUAUAUGCAACCCAGUUUCAGGAGAAGUCCCAACACAGUGUUUGUCUUCUAAAACACUUAUUAAUGGUGGGGGUGGAAGGUCCUAUCGCAACUUAGCUGCUUCUGGCAGAAUUACAAUGUCUGCUCCUCUUGUUUACACUACUUCUUCUCACUCUAGGCUACUCCCCUCAAAUCCUAAUUCUCUCACUUCACUUCAAAAUCAACUCCACUUCCCACUUCAAGAGAGGAAAGAAGUGGGGGGUAGUAUGACCAGAGAUGUGGGAACUCAAAGCACACCACCACCUGAGCUCAGUUCAAGAAGUAGUAGUAGUCCUCCUCCUCUUACUAGCCCUGCUGCUUCCACUCCAAUUCAAGAAAGAUUCAUAAAAAGAGCUGAGCCAGAAGAAGUUGAUGAUUCACCUCUCACUGCUACUACUUCCAAUCUCAAGUUUCUUGAAAAGGUUGAAGUGAAAGAAAUAAGAGAGAAAGAAGAAACAAAGAGAAACGAGCAGUUUGUGAACGAAGAGGAUGAGAUGAGUAAGAGAAAGAUCAAAGCAAAGCAAAUCUACAGGUGCAACAGGCAAGGUGGGUGCUUCUUGUCAUGGAGGAGUUUGUGGAUCAAAAAAAGUCAAAAAGAUAAACACAAACCAAGAAACAACAACAGCAACAACAAUGUCUACUUCAUUCACCAUUUUAAUGGUUGCUAUAGCUAAGGCUGGCUCUCCAUAUCUUCCUAGAUAUAUCCACUUCUAUGUAUAUUUUGAUAAUGAAGAAGUCUUUGACCCUAACUUUGGUGAAAACGAAAUAAAACUUUGAAUAUGUGCGAUCACAUGCUAGCUUUACAUAUCCAACAUAGCCAUUUUUGAAA